AUGGCUGAUAUUGAAGAGCGCAAGCCGCGCAAGUCGGUUGCCUUCAGCGAGGGCACCACCAUCGUCGACAGCAACGGCCAGGUCACCGAGGCCACCGAGCAACAUGGCGACAAGUCGAGCGCCGAGACUCACUCUGCUGGUACGAACAAGAAGCUCCCCGCAGCCAAACAAGCACAAGAUGAGGACACCAGCUCACCACCCGCGACAGCCACAGAAGGAGGAGUCGAUGAGAUGACCGCCAUGUUCGAGGGCCUCGCCAAGAAGAAGAAGAAGUCGUCAUCCAAGAAGGAAAAGUCGGCCGACGACGCAGAGGCUCCCGCCGCCGACGCCGAAUUUGACCCCUCGGCCCUCAAGAAGAAGAAGAAGAAGGCCAAGAAGACCGAGGCCGAUGACUUUGAGGCCAAGCUGGCCGAGGCCGGCGCCAACGAAGAGGCCAACGACGACGAGCCCGUCGUACAACAAUCCACCAGCCAGGAGGGCGAUCUGGAAAAGGGAACCGGCAUCUGGCAGCACAGCAACACCACACCCAUCGAGUAUCCCCUGCUGCUCACCCGCUUCUUCUCCCAACUCAACCACCACAACCCCGACCUUGCCUCUAGCGGCGGCAAGUCGUACAAGAUCCCUCCUCCCCAGUGCUUGCGCGAAGGAAACAAGAAGACCAUUUUCGCAAACAUUUCCGAAAUCUGUCGCCGUAUGAAGAGAACCGACGAGCACGUCACCCAGUUCCUCUUCUCUGAGUUGGGUACUUCUGGUUCCGUCGCCGGUCAGGGUCAACUUGUCAUCAAGGGUCGUUUCCAGCAGAAGCAGUUGGAGAACGUUUUGAGAAGAUAUAUUGACACGGAGCUCAACAAGGGUGAGAACCGUCUCUACUUCGUCACCUGCAACUCGUGCGGUUCCAGACGUUCCGUCUCUGCCAUCAAGACCGGUUUCUCGGCCCAGAUCGGCAAGCGCAGAAGACAGCAAGCUUAA